GCUGGGCAUAUUGAUGUACCUUUUUUCGAACAUCAUCACAUUAAAGAGAAUGAUUCUCACAUUGAUGAUUCUGUGCAGAGUCCUCGGUCUGUCUCCGGUCCAAGACAUGGUAUUUAUCACAAGCUAGAGCCGUCAUUUCAAUAUCCGAACUCUGCUAUGGAAGGGGCAACAAAGUGGGAUCCAGUUGGCUGGACAAUAGCUGAGGAAAUAAAGGAGAUUUACGGCCGUCAAAAGGUUCCUAAUAAACAAUCGAAGACUGCUGCAAUGAUUUCUACACUUGAGGCCGAAUUAGAGCAGGCUCGCGCCCAAAUUCAUCAACUUGAGAUGGAGAGGCGAUCAUCAAAAAAGAAACUCGAACAGUUCUUGAGAAAACUUAGUGAAGAGAAGGCAGCAUGGAGAAGUCGAGAACACGAGAAAAUCCGUGCAAUUAUAGAUGAUAUGAAAACUGACUUGUCCAGAGAGAAGAAAAACCGACAGAGGCUGGAAAUAGUUAACUCCAAGUUAGUUAAUGAGUUGUCUGAUGCCAAGUUAUUAGCAAAGCGCUAUUUGCAAGAUUACGAAAAAGAAAGAAAGGGUAGAGAGUUGAUAGAGGAAGUGUGUGAAGAAUUAGCCAAGGAAAUUGGAGAAGACAAAGCUGAAGUCGAGGCAUUGAAGAGAGAAUCUCACACACUCAGAGAGGAAGUAGAUGAAGAAAGAAAGAUGUUGCAGAUGGCUGAGGUUUGGCGUGAGGAACGGGUUCAGAUGAAGCUAGUUGAUGCUAAGGUGACACUGGAAGAGAAGUAUUCUCAGAUGAAUAGACUAAUUGCGGAAUUAGAGUCCUUCCUAAAUUCUAGAGGUAUGAACCCCGAUGAGGAAGUGAUCAAAAGAGCUGAGCAACUCCAACAGGAAGCUGCUUCAGUGGAUAUUCGUGAUAUCAGGGAAUUCACUUAUGAACCUCCAAAUCCAGAUGAUAUUUUCUCGGUGUUCGAGGACCUUAAUUUUGUUGAAAAUAAUGAAAAGGAAAUCGAGCAAUGUCCUGCGUACAGUUCUGCUAGCCAUCCCUCCAAAAUUUGCACCUUCAGUGCUGAUGGUGGUGUAUACAAUAAAGACAACUUCCUCAGACAUUCUCUUGCAUAUGCCAAUCAGAGUGAUUUAGAGGAAGAUGGAAGUGAAUGGGAAACAGUGAGCCAUCUCGACGAGCAAGGCUCUAGUUAUUCAGCUGAAGGAAGCGUCUCUUCUGUCAACAAGAACUGCAGACACAGCAAUGUAUCAAGAGGCGAUGGGACACCGAUUACAGAGAUAAGUGAAGUAUGUUCAGGGCCAGGUCGACAACCUAAGAAGGCGUCGUCUAUAUCUAGGCUUUGGAAAUCAAAUGGAGACAACUACAAAAUGAUAUCAGUUGAAGGAAUAAACGGGAGGCUAUCAAACGGGGCCAUCCUUUCUCCAGAUUGUGGUUCUAGUAAAGGCGACUUCAGCCCUUCGGAGAGCUCACUUGACUCUAGCAAUCCACAAAUAACACGAGGGAUGAAAGGAUGCAUUGAAUGGCCGCGUAACUCUCAUAAGCACAGUUUAAAAGCAAAACUUUUGGAAGCAAGAAUGGAGAGCCAGAAGGUCCAGUUACGCCACGUCUUGAAGCAGAAGAUGUAGAGACUACUACUACUAGUACUAGUACAAGUUUUGAUUUUGCACGAAUCAUCGGUCUCACUCAGCUGAGAUAUCAAUAAAAAACUGAAACAGUAGUCCACAUUCUUGUAUCUCUUCCUCAUUAUAUGCUUACUGAAACUUCUUUAUGAUGUCUUUGUAUCAAUCAGAACUGUUUUACUAUAUAGUAAUUUCAUGUAAUUUAGAAGAUGCAUUAUUGGCCA